AGCAUCCAGCGCUGUUGUGGAUGAGAGGGAUAAAGACUGCUCUGCCUUUCAUACAACACAACAUCGCAGUCACUAAUUAGUAAUAAUUAACGAUAGUCGCUUUGAGUACAAGAAAUAACUUUUAAAUCAGUUAGCGUUAGGAUACUUCAGUGUUUGCAUGUGGCGCGUGACUGAAGGGACGCGCGAGCAGCUACCUGACAACUACAAUUAGAGUAGUAGGCUAUCCCCGCAGCAGCCAAGUUGAAUGCAGAAUAACGUUAUUCGGCUGAGGCUCGGACUAGGCUACUGCACAUCACACCGGAGAGUCUCGUCGCUUUCAAGAACAAGGAUGAACAGGAGAAACUGAGGUUUAGCAUCUCAAGUGUGGCUCUGGUGUUAUAAAUGUCAUCCUGUCCUUUGUAUGAGUCUUUCUUCUCAACCAAAGCUCCAGAUCUCCCCAGGCGGACUGAACAAACGAGUUGACUCUAACAGAGCUACGCCUGUCCUCAGUCUACUUGUGGUCUGACGGCACUCACCGACAUCAAAGCUCUCCGUUCUUCUUGCUGUCUCAUCCUUCUGCUUCUGUUAGAGUGGGGGAUGUCUGUUUUCUAACACCUCUCAGCCUGCUUAUCUACUAGAUCUGUACAACUGCGACCAACACUGGACAUGGAGGACUAUGAUGUUCGCUCGGCCGCCAGCAUCCUGGCCUCAGUGAAAGAACAGGAAGCGCGUUUUGAGCAGCUGACCCGAGCCCUUGAGGAGGAGCGUCGCAACGUUACCCUGCAGCUAGAGCGUGCCAACCUGCCUCCCAACCCCCCUACCAGCCAACCGCUAGCAUGGCAGCAGGUGGUGAUGCAGGAGCAGAGCCCCAGUAACGCCACAUCCCUGGCUAUGAUGCAGGAGCCGCAGGAGGUGGUGGAGGAGACGGUCACCAUAGAGGAGGACCCCGGCACCCCCACCUCCCACGUCUCGGUGGUCACCUCUGAUGACGGCACCACACGGCGCACAGAAACCAAGGACAUGUCAGCUAACGUGAAGGUGACCAAAGUGGUCAAAACCAUCACCCGCCGCACCUACCACCCACUGAUGGUGACUGACAACUUGUUAGUGGAAUCCAAACCUUCCACCCGAACCCCCACCCCGGUCUCCAUCUCGACCCCCACCCUAUUGGAAUCAGAACCAGUGACUAAGACGGUGAAGACGGUGACCACACGGACAGUGCGUCAGGUGCCCCUGGGCCCCGAUGGCUUGCCCCUGCCUGAGGGCUCGUCUCCACUAGGCAGCUACACCGACUCCAUUGAUCGGCGCUACAUGAAGAAUGGAAGUGACCGCUUCAUCACUCCACAAGCAACCUCCACCCUGACGCGCUCCUACAACAAUUCCUACAAUGAUUCAUACUGCGAGACACCCGAGUAUGUUCGCCACUACGGCCUGCACGAUGGCUACGCCGAUUUGACGGACAACUACGGCAGCCUAUCUCGUGGUGUCAACUUCCGGCCACCGCGCUACCCCUACUUACCCAACAGCUACCGGCCGGAGAACAGCUACACGCUGCCUAUUCGCAAGGAUGACUAUGGCCAUGUGGCCCAGCCCCAGGUGCCUAUGGGUAGCAGCACUGUGGAUCUGAACCGCUCACAGCCAGAGCGCUUCCAGCCCGAGCCAUAUGGACUGGAGGAUGAUCGCCGCAGUUUGGGCCCUGAAGAGGAGGAGCCAUACGAGCUGGAGCCCGACUACUCCACUGCCAACCGACGCACCCUGCAGGGGGCCAACCGGGGUCGCAUCCACCGGGAACCUCUUCGUGAUGGGCCCCGAGUCAGAGGGUACCCAGAUGACCCCAUUGAGGCAGAGCUGAUCGAUGAGCGCCACCCUUACAUCCAUGGCAUGUAUUCAGCACCGCUGGCCCAGCCGGAGAGGGGGAGCAUGGCCAGUCUGGACCGCAUGGGUGGCCGGCGCUCACCAUCCAUUGACAGCAUCCGUAAGGACCCACGUUGGCGUGACCCAGACCUCCCCGAGGUCAUUGCCAUGCUAGGCCACCCCAUUGACCCGGUCAAGUCCAACGCCGCUGCCUACCUGCAGCACCUGUGCUACGAAAAUGACAAGAUUAAGAAGGACGUGCGUCAGCUGAAGGGGAUUCCUGUUCUGGUGGGGCUUCUGGAUCACCCUAAAUCCGAAGUCCACCGCAAGGCUUGUGGUGCCCUGCGCAACAUCUCCUACGGCAAGGACAAUGACAACAAGGUGGCCAUCAAGAACUGUGACGGCAUCCCGGCCCUCGUCCGCCUGCUGAGGAAGACCAAUGACAUGGAAGUUCGAGAGCUCAUCACUGGAACCCUGUGGAAUCUGUCGUCCUAUGAACCCCUGAAGAUGGUGAUCAUCAACCACGGUAUGCAGACCCUGACCAACGAGGUCAUUAUCCCCCACUCGGGGUGGGAGCACGAGCCAAACGAGGACUCAAAGCCCCGCGACGCUGAAUGGACCACCGUCUUCAAGAACACCUCUGGCUGCCUCAGAAAUGUGAGCUCAGACGGGGCAGAGGCUCGGCGAAGACUGCGGGAAUGUGAGGGCCUGGUGGACGCCCUGCUGCACGCUCUCCAGUCGGCUGUAGGGAAGAAAGACAUGGACAACAAGUCUGUGGAGAACUGUGUUUGUAUUAUGAGGAACCUGUCCUACCAUGUCCACAAAGAGGUGCCAGGGGCCGAAAAGUUCCAGGACCCCUCAGCGCUACAGGCCCCUGGCUCAGCAGGACCACAGAGGAAGAAAAAGGAUGACGCCGGCUGCUUCGGAGGCAAGAAGGCCAAAGAGGAAUGGUUUAAUCAAGGCAGAAAAAACGGUGAGAACGACAAAAACUAUGACACGUUGGAUCUGCCCAAGCGCGCAGAGCCGUCAAAAGGCUUUGAACUGCUGUAUCAGCCGGAGGUGGUGAGGCUCUACCUAUCGCUUCUGACGGAGAGCCAGAACUACAACACCCUGGAGGCCGCUGCCGGGGCCCUGCAAAACCUCAGCGCUGGACAGUGGACCUGGUCCAACUACAUCCGAGCCACGGUGCGUAAGGAGAAAGGUCUUCCCAUCCUGGUGGAGCUGCUGCGCUCUGACUCUGACAAGGUGGUUCGAGCUGUGGCCAUCGCUCUGCGCAACCUGUCCAUUGACCGCCGCAACAAGGACCUGAUUGGAAGUUAUGCCAUGCGGGACUUGGUGAGCAACCUGCCCAGCGGUCAGCAGCGGCCAGCCAAAAACCUGGAGGAAGACACUGUGGUCGCCAUCCUCAACACCAUCCAUGAGAUUGUCACCGACAGCUCUGAAAACGCCCGCUCCCUCAUCCAGGCCCAGGCCAUUGAGAAGCUGGUCGCCAUUAACAGGACCAGCCAAUCAGCUCGCGAAACGAAGGCGGCGUCCCACGUGCUGCAGACAGUCUGGAGUUAUAAGGAGCUGAGGAACGCUUUGACCAAGGACGGCUGGAACAAGAGCCACUUCCAGCCCACAGUUACAGCCACCCCUAAAGCAACCAAGAACGGUAAGCCAGGCUAUGACGACACCACUCUACCCCUGAUGGACAAGAACCAAGGCACCAGGAAAUGUGGCAGUGGUGAUAUGAUACCUAUGGAUGAGCUGGGUCCAGAUGGUUACUCCACCAUUGACCAGAGGGACAAGGACUGCAAAUACAAAGCAGGCGACGGCACGGUGGACCUGACAGAACGGGAGCCAUUAAAGAAUGACACAAAUAGGAAACACUAUAUCAGGAGUAACAGGCCUGCGGUCAGUCUGGUGGACGCUUGUGAUGUUAAGCCCCAGCCUGUUGACUCCUGGGUCUAAAUGCAUGCAUGGCUUAAAAUAACGACAGUGCAACACCUCAGCUAGAGGAGGAUUUCUCAUAUCACCACUGCCAUUUCACACGGAGCUCAUCUUUGGAGUCGGACUUUGUACAAAAAAAAAGAGGAUUUAAGAAAAAAUCAUGAUCACAACAGUGACAGCAUCAGCCAGCAUUUUCAUGCUUUUCAGAAAAUUAAAUUUAAAAAAAGAAUAAAAAGUGACUACUCCUACUACUAUUCCAUAUCUACAUUCCCACUGGACAUCAUGUGAAUUUUACAGUGUUGACUCUUGUUGAGCUGUACCAGUGACAAGACAUGGACAGAGGCCGGUGCUGGUGAAGGAAUGGACAUUUGAAGGGCCGGAAAGGGCGAGGUGAAGGAAGUGAAUGGAAAAGGAAUUGAGAAGUGUGUUGGAAGGAAACGUGAAGGAGAAGAAAUGGGAAACGGAUGUUUUUUCAUUUCAGUUUUCACAUCUGGAAGAAGUUCAUGCUUCAAUUUUGUGGGUUUUUUGGAGAAUUUUACUUUCAGUUUGUGGUCAAGCUUUGGUAUUUUGAUGUGAAUGGGUAUGGACUGGUGUAUUUGAAGGUCAACGAAUGUUUUCAGAUUGGUGGGAUGGACACAAGAAAGGAAAAGUAAAAGGAGAGAAACCGAGCCUGAGAAGAGCUGUAGCAUAGUGGAUAAACAUGUACUCCCAGCAGUCUGCUCUCAUACACUUACAAUCCAUUUGGUUCACUGUGUUUUAAAAAAAAAAGUGCACUGAGAUGCUUUGAAAUCAAAAGUGGUUAACAGAUGAUUGUCCAUUGUAUAAAGUGAGGAGUCUGCAAGUUUGGAGAAAGGAAAGUGACAUAGUGUGUACAUCAGAGGGAGUAACAGUUUCUGUUCACACUGCAUCGCAAACGUAAGCUAAAAUGGAAACGAAACAUUCGGUUUCAUUGUGGUCAACAUGUAUGAGCCGAGUGCCAUGUUGACCCUCACUCACAGAGCUGUGGUUACUUGUGUAACCACCGCAGUUUCAUGAGUUUCCUGGCUGGUUGUCAAUGAUGUGUAUUAAAGAGGAUAUAAGGCAUUUUGUUUAUAAAUGAUUUGUGUUUUUUGAAAAGAGAGGCAGAAGAUUGGUCUCUUGUUGAAAGGAUAGGUCUGAAAGCAUUUUUUAUUUUUGUUGGGUUUUAUAUAAAUGUAUAUAAGGGUCAAAAGGAAAAAAACUGAAAAAUUAAGGAAAAAACACAACAAAAAUGGCCGACUUCUUAGUUGUAUAUUAAUAUCACAUUGUUUGGAAAGCACAUCUCAUUUGAUAAAGGCUCACCAUGUUUGUAAACAAGAAAUAACCACGUAACUUAAAUGUGUGUCAAAUAUUGUCGAGUUACGCCAGCGAUCACCUAUUUAUAUUUUGUAUUUGUCAAAAAAAAAGUUACCGAAAAAAGUUUAUCUGCAGUGUUCUUUCUAAAGGCGAUGAAUUACAUGUUGUUUGACAGCCCCUGCAUCUUCAAAAGAGACACUCUGGAGGGGUCAGGGGUCAGAGGUCAGACAGAGGUUAUAGAACAGACAAGAGAUGGCAGUGUUAAUAAAAGUCCCUUCAUUUUUCUUCCCGAUCAGACCAAGUUACCACCAUCCCCGAACCCUCCUUCACCAGUGCAUCUUAAAGAGAAAUAUUCAGUCGUGAGCAUGAAGAAAAACUGUACAGAUGUUUAUAUUCUAUUCUUUCCAAGUGCCAGUUUUUUUGUGGUGUCAUUUGGAUAUUAACUAAUUCAUUCAUGUGCUGGAAGAGAGUACAGGUGGACGAGUGGAUCUGGAUGUUCAAGGCAAAAUAGAAGAGUUGCAUCACACUGUACAAAACAAAACAUCAAGUUUGGUCAUAUAGUAUAUAUUUUUACAAUGUUUUAGGGUGGGCAGUUGAGAUGUAGAAAAGCAGAGAGAUAUUGAAUCAUAUUGCAUAUUUUUCUCUCGCAUGGUGAGACUGCACACAAAAUCCAGUGAUAAUGUGUACAGUCUCCUUUCCGGCUUCAGCCUGUCUCCUGAUUCACUGUGGACAGGAGACAGAAAGAGAAUCCAAGUUGGUAUCACUCAUGCGUCAUCAAGGCGAACGGCAUGUGCCUGCAUUAAAGUCUGAUUUUUCUUUGUGGCGUAUGUGACUUUAUAAAGCUUGCAUAUUUUACACGGUGUUUACAAAGAUGUACGUUGUGGUAAAAAUCAAUGAACUACAAAAAAACUUACUGUAUAAAUUUUAAUUUCAGAGGUUAAAAAAGUUAUAAUAAUACCCAGCAUCCCUUUUGUGUGUCCUCAGAAGUGUGUGCUUUCAUUGGACAAUACUGAACCCUUGCAACAAAGACUCAUAUGACUGUCUAUUCCUGACUGCACUUUGCAGUUCCACAACCAAAGGAUCUGGAGUUGUAUUUACAUGCAUUUAUAAACAGGAUUUUUGGUUUUGUGGAUGUGCAGCGCAUUGUAUAUUUACAAAACCAAAGAACCAAAGCAACUGUGCUGUAAAAUAAAUGCAGGACUCGGACACACAUCGAAUCAAACAAACCUACCUGUGUAGAUAUAACUGAUUCAAGACCGUCAAAAUAAAGUAACUGUACUUCUCAGUAGCAGAUGUGUUUGUACCUAUCAUGUGCCUUAACCUUUUCCAUGGUAGAUAAAGAUAAGUGUGUUUUAUAUAACUUUAUUCCUCCCUUUCAACUGUCAUCUCUCCAUCCUGUCUGUUCACCUCUCCCCCGCCCCCUUCUCCUGUGUCACCCUUCCUUCCUUUUUCCUCCACUCAACUCAUUCAUUCAUCCUGCACCCCCACACACACACACACACACACACACACACACACACACACACACACACACACACACACCCCACCGUCCCCUGAACCCCAAGUAGUUUAGACUGUUGGUGGGUUUCUGCCUUGUAUUACGUUGUAUUAUAAACUUUUAAAAAGAUAGAGUCAUUCGAAAAAUGGUUUCGGUUUCCUAGAGGAGUAAAGUUAUUAAUGCUUUCGUAGCGAGCAGAAGCGAUGCCACAGUGACAGAAUGUAUUAUGUUAAUUUUACUAAUACCCAGAGGCAAAUAUUACGCUUGUUAAACAUAACAGAAAAAUACUGGUUUGUAGAGUAUAAAUUUGGUGUGUUUUCAAUAAAUCAUGCCUGGAAAGAA